GGGGGGGCGGGGCGGAUGAGGAAAGGGCGGAGCUAUGCGUUGCAGUUUUCAAAUGCGACCGAGAAGGAGAAGGACGAAGCUUUGGGUGUGGAUGUCUCUGCUAGCAAGCCUUUAACCUGGAUCCCCAGCUGACAUCCAUCAAGAUGAUGAGUGAAGGAGAAUAUGUCUUUUGCAAGUGGAAAAAGCGACUGUGGCCAGCACAGAUCUUGUCUAGAAGUCAGAGUUCCAGAGGGCGUUUGGUUCCUGAGGAGCUCGGUUUCAUUCGGCUCAAAAUUAUUGCUGAAAAUAAACAGGUUACCAUGCGUGAUGAACAUAUUGUGCCUCUGACAAUACAAAGCAUUGAAGAUAUCGCAGAUCAAUUGGGUCCGAGCAGUGAAGCCCAGAAGGUGGUAGAAGAAUUAACUUAUCGCCGAGCCUUGCGGGAGUUGCUGGAGAUCAUGAAGAAACAGGCAACCCCUAAAAGUCCUGACUCUUUUAGGCGAAGGAGUAAAGAGGCAUCAACUGGGAAAGGACACCAAGAGCAAUCCUCAAUGCCUCAGCAACCCCUUUCUCCCCGAAGAAGCCCCCGUGGGACAGGCAGGGCCUUUCCAGAUUCUCCAGCCAGAUCACUGAGACCUUUGGAGACCAGAACCAAUAACCCGCCUACCUGCAAACCUCCUUCCUCUGCAUCGGGGAAGCUUCCAGGUGUCAGGAAGCCAGCACGUAAGGCUGGCAAAGUUUUGAAAGCCUCGAAGCCAAACAUCGCACAUCGUCCUGCAGCACCACCCCAACUCUCCCAGAGGUCUCCCCUGGCCUCCAAGGGGCAUCGGCAAGCUGGCGGUCCAUUUGGAAGGAACCGGCCGGUGAGAACUAGCACCCCGGACUCUACUUCGCGCAAGCGCUGCCCCAGGUUCCCGCCAGCAAAGGGAAGAGACGAGGCCGCCUCAAACCUGCGGAGGAGUUUGCUGGGACCCACCCUCAAAGGGUUUUCGUCCCUGGCAACAAGCGCUCUCCCGGCCAAGCCAGCGGGACGGAAACGGAAGAAGUGGCAGCCUCCCUCUAGGGGCAGCAGGCGCUCCCUGCGCUUGGAAGCCGCUUGCUCAAAGCAGGUCCCGGCCACUCAGGAACCCCCCCUGGAAAAGUCACAAUGCCCGAGUGGGGGAGAGCCCAGAGAGCGCAGGGAAUCUUCUCUGGACUGUUCUCCUGGGGAACUGAAAAAAGAGCCUGCUCCGUAUACAGUUCGAGAAGGCUUGUUUCCAGAAUUUGUGGAUAAGGAAGCAGAUCAGGCAUCUGAUCUUUCACUGCAGCUGAGUCCCGUAAGGAAUGUGAGUCCCAGCCCAGAGUCAAAGGAUGAAGAGGAAGAGGAGGAAUUACCCAGCAUUUUCUUACAUCAAGAGCCUUGUGGUUUUGAAGUUGGGUUGAUGGUUUGGUGCAAGCUCCCAAGAUAUCCCUACUGGCCAGCUGUGGUGAAAAAGGUACAUCGGAAAGCUAAGAAAGCCAAUGUCGUCCUUAUAGAGAAAUGCAUGGAUGCCAUGAAAACUAAGGGGUUCUCUACUUCCUUCAAAAACCUAAAACACUUUGACUGCAAAGAGAAACAGACGCUGAUAGAGAAAGCCAGGGAGAACUAUAGCCACGAACUCAACUGGUGCAUCAGCUUGAUUGCGGAUUACAGAAUUAGAGUAGGUUGUCAUUCUUUUGUGGGGUCCUUCCUGGAAUACUAUGUUGAUGAUAUGAGCUCUCCGGUCCGAAAAGAAUCCUUCCAUACUUUAUCCCAGAUGAGCUGCCCUCAAGUGGAGGUGUUGGACAGCAGCGGGGAACUUCUUGCUGAGAUAAACCCCCCAAAGCAGGUGAAGAAAAUCCUUCCUGACCGGACGCGAGCUGCCCGAGACCGAGCCAACAAGCAGAUUGUGGAGUUCAUCGUAAAAGCCAAAGGCGCUGACGAGCACCUUCGCUCCAUCCUGAAGAGCCAGAAACAGUCACGCUGGCUGAGUAAAUCCCUCAAAACACCCCGGUAUUUGAUCCUGGAGACCUACUUGGAGGAUGAUUAUCAACAGGACCUUGUGCUCAAUUACUUAAAGGAAGUUUAUCGGGAAGUUGGAGCCAAGAAACUGCCGGUUAAAAAUAGAGACAUGGCCAAAUUUGUCCUCGAAGUACUUUUUCCAGAAGCCAUCAUUUAUGCAAUUUCUGCUGUGCAUCAGAUAGACUACAAGACAGCAGAAGAAAAAUACAUCAACGGACCUCCAGUGAGCAAAAGGGAAAGAGAAGAAUUUGAAAAAGAAAUCCAAGAGGAGAAGCAAAAUUUUGCCAAGAAACCGAGAAGCCAUCCGUAGAAAAUAAACUCUGAAGCUCUUUAUCCAUCCAUUUAUGUACUGGGUACUUGUAAGGGAGAUUAAAUUCCGUGGUUUUGUACAUAAUAUUAAAUUUAUUUUUUUAUAUAUAUAUAUAUGGAUGUAUAUGAAAGAGAUAUCUAUCAAAUAGGAAAAAUAGGUAUGCCUGCUGUUUCCUCUGUACAAGAAAAUGAAUUGUGUUUGGUCUGUCGCAACAAAUCUCAGCCGCAUAAGAAGCCGCCUCCAGUUUAAAACACAUUUUUAAAAUUACAUUAAUAAGUAUCAGCUCCUGAUAGGCUUGAUUGUGAUUUGAGCCCACCGUUGACUUUGGACAACGUUUGAAAUGCGAAGCAACAUGCAUUUAUGUGUUGCAAACUCUUCUCCCUAACUGUUCUUCAGUUAUCAUGGGUGGCUGAGAUUCAUUCCGUCUGCGCUGAAGCUCAGUUGUAGGGCCGGGCACACUUCCAGAUUCAAUUCAGACUGUGGGCGAGGGCAGCUGCUCUCUACUACUCAUUAAAGCCGCUGCACCCUUUUUUUAAAGCCGCUUACACACGUCUGAAAAAGAUAGGUUUCCUUUUUAUGAGUUGGUUCAUUAAACCAGCCGCCACUUAAUGCAGCUUUUAAAGAUGCCAGAUGUUUCAGGCUUGCCUAGAAGCCAGAGGGGGGAAAUGGGUUGCUUCAAUGAGCAGCGGGAAACUGCUCCAUUCAACAACUUCUGAAGCCCUUCCGGUUCGUUUUUGAAGCAUGGCGAUAGCAACAUAGGAAAUGUUUUCCAUUCAAACUUUUUUGAGCCUAGAACGCUCAAUUUUAUGAAAAGCCCGUUUUGAGCGCAGAAUCGCUGUUUCGGUCUUAGAGAACUUUGUUCUGAUAAUUUUCUGACCACAGGAAAAUCUCAUUUCAAGCUUGGAGUAUUGAGUAAUGGCUUUUUUUCUGAUUUUAUAUAUGUUUGGCAUAAUUCCUAAUUGUGAAUUGUGCAUUUUAAAAAUGCAAUAUCGUUUAAAGCAGGCUUGGGGAACACGGGCACUUUUAUGACGUAUGGAACUUCGACUCCAAGAAUACCUGAGCCAAUUUGCACAGCUCAGGAAUUAUGGGAGUUGAAGUUCCACACGUCAUAAAACUGCCCAGAGCUCCCCAGCGCUGCUUUAAACAAUAUUGUUGUCUAAAAUCAACUGCUUUUCAUUUUUAUAAAUCCGCUUACAUCAUCAACCAGGACAUUCUGCAAUACCACACUUAUCCUACCACUCAGUGUUUUGUAAUUCUGGAUCAAUUUUUGUGGGAGGGGAUGAAGACAAACGCAGAUAACAUUCAAUAAUCUCCCAUUUUUAUUGAUUGUACUGACAUUCCUUAUGACAUCCCACUCUGCGACUUUCGUGUUUUGUAAUUUUGGAAAAAAAUAAAUAAUAAUAAUAAUAA